CCUUCUUCCGGGUUUUCCCAGACCGUCCUCACAUGAGUAAUGUCAGCAGAGCGGAUCACUAUGGAUGGAGGCGAGGACCAGGAGUUUUGUGCCUUUACAGCUCUUCACGCUGGGGCCCUGCGGUCCUCGGGAAUCCCCCAGAUCUACUGGAGGAGUCUACAUCACAAAAUCACCAGCGAGAUUUACGAUGCUGGGGAAGUUUUCGGAAUCAUGCAGUUCCAACAAGAAAACGACGAGGAUGACCAGGAGGAAAAUAGAGAGAAAGGGGCGAAGAAGAAGGACAAUCCUGGAACAGUGAUCCGCUGUAAAGUGGUUGUGACUCGAGAAAGUGGGCUGCAAGCCUCGGAGCCAUCCAGUGUUUUCCUGGUGGAUCAUGCCUGGACAUACUCUGUAGAUCAUGCCCGUCAGCAGCUGCACCAGAUCCCAGGCCUGUUGCCCAGAAUGGCUGCCCUCAUGGGGGUGGACUUCCAUGGCGAGGCCCCUGACCCAGACACGGUGGAGCUGGUGCUUGAGUGCAUGUGGAAGUACAACCAGACUUACCAACUCUCUCAGGGGUCAGAAGAGGAGAAGGUUCCUGUGUGGUACAUCAUGGAUGAGUUUGGCUCCCAGGUGCAGCACUCUGACCAGCCCAGCUGUGGCAUGGCUCCCUUCUUCUACAUACAUGGCCAACUAACCUACACUGUACUCUGGCCCCUGCAGGACCUGCAGGAAGGAGAUGAAGUAACCCGCGAUUAUACAUAUGGAGAGACAAACCCCCUAGUGAGGCGGUGCCGCCUGUUACCAUGGAUACCCGCUGAUCUGGAAGGGGUCAGCAAUGCCACCACUGAACCCCCGGACUCAUACUACGAGACCAUUGCACGGGAGAACAAGGAGCAGCCUCCUGUGGAAAUCCAACCCUACAGUGUGCCCAAGGACAAAAUCCUCAAAGUUUACUCUAAUAUGUCACAAGUAACAAACAACCUGACACACCCACAGUUCGAGCUGACGGAGGAAGAGGAGGAGGCUGAUAUUAUCUGGGGCUAUGAUCACAUCAAAGACUACAGGAAACUGAGUGAGGAGCGACCUUACGUGAUGCUUAACCAAUUUCCCUGUGAGAGCAUCAUUACUGUGAAGGGAUGCCUGGCUGCUGUGGCCCGCAGAGUGAAAGGUGGCCCAGCACCUGAUUGGCUACCAGAGACCUUCAACCUCCAGACAGAGCUGCCACAGUUCAUCAAGCAUUACCAACAGAGACAACAAUGCGGAGAGGAUAACCUUUGGAUCUGUAAGCCCUGGAACUUGGCCCGUGGACUGGACAUACACAUCACUAACAACCUUGACUACAUAAUCAGACAGAGAGAGAGUACACCAAAGGUUGUGUGUAAGUACCUUGAAGAUCCAGUGCUGUUCAACAGGGAGGAGGUGGGAAUGGUGAAGUUUGACGUUCGCUACAUGCUGAUGUUGCGCUCUGUGCAGCCUCUGUGUCUUUAUGCCUACAAUGUCUUCUGGUUGCGCUUUGCGAACAGCAAUUUCAGCAACUCAACAUAUAAUCGUGAAGAUCUUUUAAAGAUCCAGAUGUCAUUUAGUAAUUUGGACUUCAACAGGAACUAUCAUAAUGAACACAUCCCGAAGGAGGUUGUUCGUCCAACGGGAUCUCACUGGAUUACUAUACUGGAUAGGAGACGCAGGAGGCAGCUUAGGUAAAGGAGGCAGGAGCAGGGCUGCUGGGCUGGAGAAACAAACCAGGCUAGAUAAAACUCCCCAAAGGCCUGCGCUGCCCAGCAUUUUCCUUACCAAAGCCAGAUCACACGGCAACAGAAUGGAAGAACUGGAGCUGAUCAUCAAGGCACAAAAAUCUGUGCAAAACUGCUCAGUCAUCUGAGACUUUGCUCUAUACAGGGAUCUUUCACGAAGCUAGCAGGUGCUAGCAGGCCACACAGUGCACUGGCCGAUAGAAACAGAGACUCCAGUAAGAGCAGAGGUGAAGGGCUGUGCAUCUAUACUCUAAUAAUAAGUGGUGUAAAAAUGUAAACACCACAAACUGACAUUGCUCGCCAGAUUUAGAUUACAUAACACUAAGUUGCCGGCCCUUUUAUAUGCCCUGGGAGUUCACGGUUGUUGUUGUUGUUGUUAUGGCUGUCAAUCAAUAAACUGCAGACUGCUCAACCUGAUGGUAUUUCAGUUGUAGCUGGGGACUUUAACCAAGCAAAUGGAAACUGUCCUCCCUAAAUUUUACCAACAUGUGACAUGACCGAAAAGAGAUCAAAAUAUACGGGAUCAUGUAUACAGCAACAUUAAGGAUGGAUACAAAGUCUCCACCCUCCCUCACUUAGACCAGGCUGACCACCUGUCCCUUUUUCUCACCCCUGUAGACAUCUCAUCAACAAAACAAAGGUUUCUGUGAGAGCCAUAAAGACUUUGUCUGAGGGGGCUUCCGCUAAACUUCAGGACUUUAUUGAGCAUAUUCACUGGGAUUUAUUGGCACAACAUGACAUAGAAGAUUAUACAAACAGUGUCCUGUUUUACAUAAAGAACUAUAUUGAUAAUGUCACUGACAAACAUAUCAGAUGCUUUCCAAAUAAUAAACCAAUGGAUGACUAGGGAAAUUAAGCUAUGUUAGCACAGAUGGUGUCAGGAGAGUGCUUUGUAGUGUCAACCCCAGGAAGGCCGCCAGCCCAGACGGUAUUCCAGGGAGGGCAUUCAGAGACUGUGCAGUUCAGCUGGAGGAGGUAUUCAGCAACAUCUUUAACCUUUCCUUGUCAAAAUGCACUGUCACCAAAUACUUUGUCUGCCAUCAUUGUGCCUGCCCCAAGCAAAAUAGUUAAUGACUGCAGACCUGUGGCUCUCACCUCCCCUGUAACAGAGUGUUUGAGAGGUGUUCCUAAGACACAUUAAAUCUUCACUUCAACGCUGGAGGCUGGAGACCCAUCCCUCCCCGACCCUGUCACCCAGCACUGGAGCUCCACAGAGCUGCAUGCCGAGUACUCUUCUGUACUCUCUAUAUUCACGACUGCACACUAACCAACAGAAAAAAAAAUACAAUCAUAAAGUUCACAGGUGACACUACUGUGAUGGGACUGAUACAAAAUGUUGAUGAGUCAGCCUAUAGGGAUGAGGUCCGCAAACUGUCAGGAUGGUGCCUUAUUAACAACUUGACGCUCAAUACCUCCAAAACAAAGGAGCUGAUCAUCAACUUCAGGAAACAGAAAUAAGAACCUGCUCCUUUAUACAUCAGAGGAGACAUGGUGGAGAGAGUGACAAAUUUCAAAUUCCUAGGCUCAAAUAUCUCUCAGGACUUCAAACGGACUGAUAACACAACCUCUCAAAUGAAGAAGGCAAGCAGUGACUCUACUUCCUAAGGAUUCUGAUGUGAGCUAACUAAUCCCGGCAGCUGGUGGUGUCCUUCUAUUAUUGCUCUGUUUAAAGCAUGCUAACCUAUGGCAUUUUAGUGUGGUAUGCCAGCUGGACUGUGGCUUACAAAAAAGAGCUUCAGAGAGUCGUUAAACUAGCACAGAAAAUCACCAGCACACAACUACCUUCACUUGAGAACAUAUACAGAACCCAAUGUCUACGUCAGCCCUCAAACAUAAUGAAGGACUCAUCUCACCCAGGCAACCACCUUUUCACUCUGCUGCUCUCUAGAAGACGCUAUAGGUCUAUUGAGACCCGCACUCCCAGACUUCUGAACAGUUUUUACCCAUGUGCCAUCAAAGAACUGAGUUAAAAAAAACUCUGAGACUGUGCAAUAACAUCUGCCUUAGUGCAAUAAUAUACUGCUGAGCUCUGACCACAUGACUUGUGCAGUAUACAACAAUGUGCAUUUACAUCUUUAUCUUUGUACUUGUUUUUAUGCUUAUUUAUGCAUUCAGACUCUAAUAUGCUGCAUAUGUGUAUGCUGACUUGCUGUUAGUGUUUUUUUAUAUACUGUAUGUACCACUCAGGGAAAGCACUAAAUUUCAUUGUAAAGCUGUGCAAUGACGAAUAAAGGCAUUCUAUUCUAUUCUAUUCUAUGGCUUAAUGUACUUUUUAAAUUUAGAUUUUGCAUUCUGAUAUCUACAAAAACUGUUCUUACUCCCCCAUUCAUUCAGAUAAAGGUUUUUAUCUGAGUGAAUGAUUUUUUUUGGUUUUUGACUUGGUUGAACACAGUAUGAGUUACGGUUGGUGUCUUAGAUCUAUGGUUUCAGAAGACCAACUAGAGUUUACAGCCACACUAGUGGCACUGUGAGGCUGUAAACCAAUCUAUUAGAUAGGACGAAGAAAGUUAGUUAUAAUUUGGACGUGAAAUUGGAUUAAUGGAUAUCUGCACCAAAUUUCAUGGCAAUCCAUCAACUAGUUAGCAGGAUAUUUCAGUCUGGACCAAAGUUGUUGACUGACCAACCAAACACAAUGCCAUUCUGAGAUCCACACCACUAAUGUGGCUAUAAACAGUAAUGAUGUUUUGGAUGUCUUGGUUAAACACAAUGUAAUUGGUUUCAUUAACCAAUUUGGUAGUGAUAAUAAAGUAUUUUAUGUCUAUUCAGAGAGUGAACCCUCUCUCUUGCUUGAAACUGAUCUCUCUUUCU